AUGGCUGAGAAGAUAACCGAAUUCCUCUUGGACACAGCCCUCACCCUGGGCGAGGGCAUCAUAAAGGUGGCCGCUCCCGAGAUCAUCAAGGCCAUCGAUGCAACAAACGAUUCGAUAUCGAGCCAAACCCUUGAUUUGGCCAAGGCCCUUGAUCUCAGCGGGGCCUUUAUCCCGGGCAAUCCUCUCGCGUUCGGCCCCGCCCUCAAGCUGGCAAAGUCCCUCACAUCGGUCAUCGCGGGAGAUGACCAAAAGGAGGUCAUUGACGCGAUAGAGUGGAUGGAGAAACAGGCAGCACCUUUCAUGAAUCAGGCCGACGAUGUCCUACAGCAGAUGGACGUCAUCAUAAAGACUAGCGAGCAGCUCGAGCGUGAGACCCACGAUAAAGUCCACGAGGCCGCUAUCUCAGCCUACCAGGCUCUCGACGAUGCCGUAGCAGGUCUCCUGGCCAUCCAACGGGGCACAGCUCGUCUUCAACGCGUCGACCCUGGCAUCAUCAGCAAACUGGACUUGGCCGCGGAGCGCUUCGGCUACCUGCACAAGGUCGGCGACACCAACGCGUGGAAACUUGGCAAGGAUGCCUCUGCGCUCAUGUCUUUCGGUGACAGCACCAAAACCUUCGCCGAAACGCUUCAGCAGGAGAGGAACAAGCUACAGCGGCAACUCAAGGAACACAAUGACACCAGGGGGCGUCACAAGGAGCAGCUGAAUGCCCUCAGAGAAUCUGAGGAGUCCUUGAGGGUGAGAAGGAGGAAGGCGGUCGCUGAAUUGGAGGACGGCUGGAACCAACUCGCCUAUAUCUUCGAUUCGUCUCCUAAAAAGAGAUACGAGAGGAUGAUAUCGGAAGCCGAUCAAGGCUUGGAGAAAAACGCGUCCUCCCAGAGAGAGGUUAACAGCAAGAUCCAGGGGCUGCACCUGCUCGACACGCUGAUCGGGUGGGCUAUGAGAGCGCUGGAUGUCCUCACCGCAUCGGUCGCCCGCAUCGCCCAAGACUUCCAGGCUAAGUUUCGCCGCAUCCUAAUGGCCCAGCAGAUUUCGGACCGCCUGUUUGCGGGCCUGCUCGGCAUUUCCAACGCGAUUCACGAUACCAACUUCCGCACUUCGCGGGACAACUCACUGCACGUGGUGGUGAAUGUUUUACGUCGCUACCACGAGCUCCGGGCCGACCAUGGCGCUCUGGAUAUCCCGGGCAUAGCUGAGCGGCGAAUCCAGCGGGCCAUCUGCGUGAAGCUUGGGGAGGGCGGUGUGAGGAAACUGAUGGAACCGCCCGCACCCGUUGACGUGAACGAUCCCAUAAAUGACAUGUAG